UGUCCCUGCUCGCUGUCGCUGGUGUGUGUGUGAGCUCACGAGUGGCUCACCGCUUCCCGGACUCUGGUCUCUGACUCUCUGCCACGCGUGAAAUUGCAAAGAGUGAAGGGUUACACAAAAAUCCGAAUUACCAAACGGCACCCAACAAAAGUAAAGAACGAGACGUUCCGAUCCGAUGAGAGACAAUCAGACAACCGCAAUUUAUCGCGAGUCUCGUGAACGAUCCAGAUAAUCUCUACAUCUUCUCUUUCUCUCAAACCAACGGGCAGGGUAGGAGCUGGAGCUGGAGCUGGACUGGAGGAGGAAACGGAUCCGAUAAAUGCCGGACUCCAAUGUAAGAUUCAGCUAGAGUUUAGAAUAGUGGUAAGGUCCGACUUGUCAAGCUCAAGCUCCUUGCUUCCGGAUUUUCCAACUUAUAAGGCAAAAAAUAAGCUGACAACGAGCUUCUUCUCUGAGUGAGGUCUCAGAGACGACAGACGAGAGGGGAACAGAGACGGGUAGAAGGAAACAUGGUGAGAUCCUCCACUUCCUGUUUCAAGAUCAUUACAUGUGGCAGCGACUCUGUUGAUAAGGAUGAUCUUCAACGGACUGAGAGCAAAGGGUCAACGGACAAGCGUGGAUGGAGUUUCAGGAAAAGAUCUGCCAGGCAUCGGGUGCUAAUCAAUACUGUGAUCUCAGAAACCCCAUCUACUGGGAAUAAAGAGAGCCCAGAAACCACUGCUGUCGACUUUCAUCCAUCAACUAACCCUAUGGUUCCUGAGAAGAUCUCUGCAUCACAAGGGGCAGAUGAGACAACACAGUUGUUGAUCACUGAGAACCCAAAAAUACUUGAUCCCUUAGUUGCCGCAGAUGAUGUAAGCAAAGCUGAUUAUAACCUGCAGGAAUCUGAUGCCAUUGUCAUCCAGGCUGCUAUCAGAGGAUUUUUGGCACGAAUUACACUAUUGAAACUCAAGAAUGUCAUUAAGUUGCAAGCAGCUAUGCGCGGGCAUUUGGUCCGGAGGCAGGCAGUGGGGUCUUUGCGUUGUGUUCAGGCCAUUGUCAAAAUGCAAGCUUUGGUGCGUGCUCGCCGUGCACAUACAUUAGCAGAAGGGUUGGUCUCUGAAGAGAAGCUCAAUGGGAAACAUGAGAAGAAUAAUCAAACCAUGGGAAAUGAUGGCUUUGGAACCAAAGCAAAUCAAAUAAGCUCUUCUACUGAGAAGCUGCUCAGCAAUGGAUUUGCUCGUCAGCUUUUACAAUCAACACCAAAGACAAAACCAAUUCAAAUAAAAUGUGAUCCUUUGAGACAUGAUUCUGCAUGGAAAUGGUUGGAGAGGUGGAUGGCUGUGUCAUCAUCAUCAGAGUUUGCACAGUCACAGAGGCUGGACCGUCUGGAGAAUCAAGAACAAGGAGAGAAGGCUGGAACAAUUUUUUCUGAAGUGGGAACUGAAAUUACAGCUGAAGUUGUUUCUGAGACAGCAGAUUUGAAGUCCAACAUUAGGGAAACAGAAACCUCACUUGAGAGUGAAGAGAAUUUGAUUACUUAUGAUGCAAAUAACUAUGAUUUCCAGGCUUGUUGCCCAACCUCCUCUUCAGCAAGAGAUGACCAUGAACAGGCUCAGCUGAAAGAUGUGGGUUUUGACAAAGCACAAGAGACCUUGUCAAAGAUAGAUUUGCCUCCCAAUCAAACAGAAUCGCAACCAGGUGCAAGUUCUUCUAUGUUGGCUAGUUCUGUUUCUGAGAAGCCUGAGAUGGACAAUGAACAACCAAAACUUACUGUAAAAUGGGCAGCCUCUGAACAAUUAGAGACUGAAGGAAAGAAAUUUGGACUUGGGUCAAGAAAGGCAUGUAAUCCUGCAUUUAUUGCUGCCCAGUCUAAAUUUGAAGAGCUGAGUUCAACGGCUACCUCAGGCAGGUUGAUUGCUUCUACCUGUCCAAAUGUUGGAGUAGAAUCCAAACGGCAAACCAUCUCAUCUCCUGCCAAUUCUAUAACAAGGGCAAAGGAUACCAGUCCAACAGAGAAUUCCACAUCUCAUGAUUCAAGGUUUCAAAUUGGUGGCUCUGAUUGUGGGAUUGAACUUUCUGUUUCUUCCACUCUUGAUUCACCUGAUAGAUCUGAAGUUGGAGGAGAAUUUGAUUCUGAAGCCAAAGUUGCAGAAAGAGGGACCACUGAUCCAAGUGACUUUACUGAUCAUUCAUCUACUAUUGGAGAUCCAGCUGUAGAAGACAAUACUCUUCCCUCCACGUCCCUGUCCAUUCCAUCCCAUUUUGUAUCCAAUCAACUAGAAAAGAAUGAAGAUGUUAAUGGAGAAUCAGUUGAUUCAAUUGUAGCAGCUGGUUCCUUGGUGGUAGAGCAGCAGACAGAGAGAAGUGCAUCAGAUGUCCAGAUCCAACUGGACCAGGUCAUUAAUCAACGAGCUUACAGAUCAUCACCAGAAGGGUCUCCAAGAAGUCAUGUAACUGUAACUGAAUCACAUGGAACACCUUCAAGUCAGGUAUCAGUGAAAGCUAAAAGGAAUCAAUCUGAUAAAAGUAGGGCAACUCAAGCUCGAACCUCCGAAUCAGCCGGUAAAAGAUCCCCAGCAAAUCACAGCCCUGAUUCAAGUGUCAGAAGUAGCACAGAACAAUUGCCCAAGGACCUGAAAAAUGGAAAGAGGCGCAACUCAUUUGGUUCAACCAGACCUGAUCAUAUUGACCAAGAGAGAAGGGAUAGUGGUAGCAGUAAUUCCCUCCCUGGUUAUAUGCAAGCGACAGAAUCUGCUAGGGCCAAGGCUCAUGCCCACAAUUCUCCAAGGUCAAGUCCGGAUGUGCAAGACAAAGAUAUUUACAUGAAGAAGCGACAUUCCCUCCCUGGUGCAAAUGGAAAGGAGGGCUCCCCUCGCAUGCAGCGGUCCAUGUCCCAAGCACAAAAGGGUGUCAAGGGAAAUGGUGCACAUAGUCUUCAUGAGAGAAAAUGGCAAAGAUGAUGACAAAUCUCUAAGAGUCUGGGCGCUCAAAGUGUGAUGGAGAUAUUUAAUCAGCUGUGCUCACGAGCUUCUAGAUUCCAACUGAUGUUGAAGUAAAUAACAGGUACCUAUUCUAGGGUGUUGGGGUUAGUCUGUUUACAUGCUAAUCUUUUUUUGUUUGGUGUCUGGGCUGGGUAGGGAGAGAGGGAGAGAACAGGAGCAAGGAAAUGAUGUACAUUAGUACCAUCUCAAAAAUCAUGCAUGGAGAUUGGUUUGUAAGUUUGUAAUGUGUUUAUUUGUGUGGUAUCAUUUGUUUGGCUUUCUAGAGCAGAUCACGAGAUGUUUUGCCUUUAUCUGAAAUUUCAGUCUUUAUUUUGAAUAUGGAGAGGGUUUCAGAAAGCCUGAGAGUUGUAAUAAUAAAAAUUGAACUUUCUGUUUUGAUUUGUCAUCUUGAUUAUUGAAUUUGAGAACUGUAUUCUCUAUGCA